AUGCAGAUUCCACCGAAGGAAGAGAUCCGUCGAAAAGGGAGGCAAAUGAGAAAUCGUGAGGCCGCGAAGAAGUUCCGCGAGAGGAAGAAAAAGCAAAUCGCAGACUUGGAGAAGAAGGUUUGCAUUUUGUCUGCACAGAACCCUAAUGCAGAAAUGGCCGACCUUUUGGAAAGACUUGACCGGGUGAUAAAAGAGCGAGAUAAGUUGAUCAAAGAGAGAGACCAGGUGAUUGAGGAAAGAGACCAGAUAGUUAGGGAGAGGGAGUGUUGGGUCCAGCUUGGGCCAUCUUCUAAACAAUACCCGUCUCUGGAUCUCAUCGGACCUUCUCUAUCAUACCCAACACUACCUGAAGGAUUAUCCUCCAGGGUAUUACAAAGAGAAAAACCGGAAACAACGCCACAAUUCUCCACGAUCGACUGUUUACAGCCCUCUGAGUUUUACAGAAACCAAAGAAAUGGCGAAGAUCCAAACUCGUUUUACUCAAGUCAAUGUAACUCUGAUCCUAUGUACUACGGUCAAUCGGCCUGGGACACGAAUCCUUGGGGAUGA